AUGACAAAGCAUCAAGAACGGAUUAGCAGCUGUUUGAAAUUGAUUGGAAUAGUCAACCAUUACAUCAAAGGUUUGAGACUCCGCUUGGGAAUACUAAAGAAGGAGGCCGUCAAGGCUGCAGUUACCUCAGAAUCCGAGGAAGAAGAAGAAGCUGUUGUGCGGAAUUUAUCUUUGGAUUUGAGACUUUUUCUUGAUAACCUUCCAUUCAAUAUCAAUAUUGCUGAAGUUGUUGGAUGUGGAAAUGUUCAGAUGGUUAGGUUUUUCUGCGAUAAUCCAACUCUAAGAAGUAGUGGGUUUGCGUUUGUUACCAUGUCCUCUGCUGCGGAAGCUCGGGAUGCAGUACAGAAACUGAAUGGCUUAAGAAUUGGUGGUAGAACUAUCAGAGUGAACUAUUGA